AUGGAUAGCAAUAGUCUGAGCAUCGGCGUAACUUUCUUACCCGAUUCACAAUUGUGUUGCGAUAUCACGUGCACCGAUUUGAGUAAGGAUGGGUGUCUAUUGGCUGCCGGUAGUCAGCAGGGUUAUGUUGUUUUGUGGAAAUUUCGGGAUAGAGCUCCUACAUCCUAUCGUCGAACCGUUUCGUGCAGUCGCUUCAACAAGGAAUAUGGGCCGACGGAUGAUGUUUUUCUGGAGCCAUAUUUCCUUUUUGUGGCUAGCAACAACCCUAUUGCAUAUCCUGUAGUUCAGGUUGCGUUUGCCAGUGGCUUCCGUCCUAUGCACUCACUGAAGCGUGAUGCUAAGCAGACUAUGAGUGCUUACUGUGGCGUCGAGAGUGCAGAGGAUGUAUUGGUAUCACUUUACAAGGAUAAUAGCAUAGCUGUUUGGUCUUUGGCGGAUUGCCGUUGUUUGCAUAAGGUGAAGGGUCCUCCAUUUGCGAUUCAGCGUAUGUGCGUGUUUCCAGACGACCGUUUUAUUGCAUUAGUUGGACGUAGUAAGAUAAAUGUGAUUGAUUUAUGGCGUUUGAAAUUGAUCGGUACGCUAGAGCUGGACGGAACAUGUCACUUUGACAAGAGCAUAUAUUCUACGCGUCCCAAUGCUUCACUUCGUGUUUGCGUUUCUGCUGAAUCUACGAUGGAUUGUGCUGAAACAAGUACAUUCAACGUAACUCCACAAUCAUCUCAUGCCCAUGCACGAUAUAAGAAGCCUCGUUGCAUAUUGCGGGUACACUGUGGUCCGGCUCCGUUGGAUUCACCGUCGGGAGCGAAUGACUUGUCGUUCGAGCAUCGCCGUAAAUUAGGUCCAUUACAUGAGAGAUACACUAAUGACCGUAUUAGAUCUCCGUUAUUGUUGACUGCGGUGCUGGAUAACAACGACAUCGUGGUGUGGGACUUGACGGCACCUAUAUUGAGUUAUAAGAGCAAGUAUGGUGCUUCAAACGGCCCUGUAAUGGUGGUUACACGUUGGGAUCGUCACAAAGAGAACGUGAUUGGUUGUUUUGAACGUUCCCAUCGCGGUGUUGAUGGAUCUCAUCACAUCCUUACCCACCGUCCGUUCGCACCUCCUGUCGCAGGCGGUGUUAACGCCGACUUCCCUAUGUUACGUGAAUGGAUCCCUGAACUUGAGGACGCUGCGCAUGACAUUUGUAUCAUCGACCGUUAUAUAUUUGUGAUGUUAGGUAUUCACAUUUUUGUGUGGUACUAUGACUACGACGGGGCGCUUGAUCGUGUUGCGGAGCUGCCUAGUAUCGGUGUCGAUGGUACGUUGAGCGAUGAGCCUUGGCAGGGUUUUCAAUGUUUGCGUUUGCAUACGGAUACUAUAUUGCUUAUAGCUUGGGUGAACAUCGGUCGUGUAUCUAUUUUCUUGGUUCCUGACGGCAACGGUACUAACAAGCGCUUUCAGCGUUUAUCGGUGCAGCAAUUUCCGAGCUUCAAUGGCAAUAUACAUUUGGAUGAGAGCAUCCACAUAUAUAUGUGUAAAAGCAUAUCCCCUGAUGAUUUGUUUGAUUUAGCAAAAGGCGACAACAAAUCACUUAAGUUUUGUAUGAUUAGACAUACCACGGAUAGACGCCUCAGUAUCGGUAUGCCGGGUCGCGAGUAUUGGUCAUAUAUCGAUAGUGGUUCUAUGAUAUCAGCAUGUUUUUCCUCGAAAGAUGCUGGAGUAUUAAAUUCCUGUUUAUUCAACAGUGGUGAUUUUAUGUACCGCGUUGAUAUCUUGGAUAGUGGUUUGCUACGUUAUGUAGACCUUUCUAAUGGCGACACAUGUGCGUUUUCGUCAUAUUUCUCGAUCGAAGGUUGUUUGAGACGUAUGUUUCAUGUUAAUCGCAAUCGGCCCAUAGUGUUACUGGGCGAUAAAGUCCUGGAAUGGGUUUCUAAAUCUCUUUCUGAGGUUUCUUCACCUUCUACCUCGCGUUUAUCUUCGUCGGUUAUGCAUUGUGUGAACUCCAGUUAUUUGGUAGUUUCCGUCGAUUCCACCGAUUUGUUGAUAUAUUCGCUUUCGUCGUUUCAUUUGCUUCUGGCGUUAUGUCACGUUCAUGUGGCACCUGUGCGUGCUAUAUACAGCGUCUACUCCAUAAGUCGUAGUGGUUCUAGCGUAAUCGAUGCGACGAUGUAUGAGAUUGACGAUGUAUUUGCAAGCAUCGACAGUGAUGGCUUUCUGGUACUUGUCCAGCUGCCGUUAUUAUUGGAUGAGCUGUGUGACCACAUGGCACUCCCGGUUAUCGACGAGCGGACUAUAUACUCAGACCUUGAUAUGGAUAGUUUAAGUCCGCGUUCUGGACGUUGUACCCCUACCGGCGGCUUUGUGCAUACACCUGAGCGUCGUGGCAUCCACCGUAUGCAACGUUGCACUGCUUUUUUGGGAUAUGAGAUCGACCGUGUUGCGUUUAACCUUGAGAAGGACCUUUUGUAUGUCUUGACAUGCCACGGUAUCCUGUUAUGGCGUGUAAGUACAGGUGUUUUCCUACGUUCAUUGCCAUAUCUGGAGACUUACCGUAAGGCUGUGGUAUCAAAGGACUCUUCUAGUGGUGUUGACCGUAAAUAUAAAAGUCUGACUACUUUCGCUGAUACCAUAAGUUCGCUGUUGACUACGGAUUGGAAUACUUCUGCUUCUAGCAAUGAUGAGGAUUGUCGUUACCGUCGUUACUUGGAUUAUUGUACUCCUCACGACUUGUUAUCUCUCUGUAUGUUUCAGGAUAAAUGUUUCAAGCGGCGUUUAUCAACAUCACUACAUAUAUCAUUUUUUCGACUGCACUUUUCUUAUUCUCCGGAUUCCGAUCCAGACGUCAACUUGGAUGUAUCGGGAGGUGGUUCUAACGGGUUACUUCUCUAUCAUUCCAGCAGUUUACGUCAACUAGGUUUACAGCGUUGUUGGAAAUAUGUGGUUAUCUUUUCUCGGUUGCCUGGAUCUUCUUCUAUGGGUGUACGUAUUCGUCCACGUGUCAUUCGUCUGUGUGGUCGUCCUCGGUAUCCUUUGUAUCAUAAAGUUGGUUUGCGGAAGCCACCCACGAUAUCGCAUUCGGUACCGGUAUUGAUUUUUCCUUUACAGGAUAUCGUAUCAAAUUUGCGUGGUAGCGGUGGUACUUUAUUGUCUAGGAUGUCCUAUAGCGGUACGUUCUGUUAUUUGGGUGUUCCAUCUGGUACAUUUUCGAUACCGUUACACGGUUUCAUUGGUACAUCUCGUCACUUUAUCCCAAACGAUGGUUCGUGUUCUUACUACCUAUCGGAUGAUUACUUAAGGAAGGAAAUGUUAUGGCCUGGUAUCCGUCGUAGCUUCACGUUUCCGUGUUUGUUUGACGAUCGUAAGAUUUUGCAUCAACCGGAUUUAUCGUCUUGUUUUUUAGAGAAUCGAUAUUUUUCUACGUGUAUGCUACUUCGUGAUGUUGUUUCUACAUUCCAUUCUCAUUCAAGCGGUUCAUCAUUUUGGUUACGUUAUAUCGACGUUUGGUUAUUGAUGCAUGUUUUGGUUUUGUGCACGUGUAAAAAGGGUUAUGGAUUGUUACACAACCAGCUGAUUGUUGCAUUUCGGUAUAUGUCAGCUCAUACUCUGCAUCUUCAUGUCUGUCGUGCUUUUGCUAUAUUGCGUUGUUUCAACCGUGUUUCAAAGUCGUCGACAGCUAAGUUUACUACUAUUUGCGUCUGUCAUUGUCAGGGUACAACGUUUAGUUUCGGUAAGCGUUGCGGUCUUUGUUCGCGUCGUUGUUACAAUAUUGAUGUUGGUAACGUGCCGCCUCCGGAGCAGCCAUAUUCUUGGGAAGAGGAUGCAUCGCUGAUGUUAUUGGUCGUUGUUGCUAUGGAUAACGGAUUAUCAUGUCUUUGUGAUUUCGUUUACAUUUGUGGUGAGCUGCGUCCAUUUGUUGCUUAUGUGACCCAGCUGAUGUUCCGUCAUAUGUUUAUGGUUGACGAGCAUCCUCGUACUGCUUUGGGCAUUGGUUCUGAGCAUCGCACGUUUGACAUCCGUGAGUACUGUAUAGAGAUGUUUGCUCUUGGUUUCGCAUCUGUUUGGACGUUGGAUUUGUUAGACAGUUGUGGUAUAUUAGUUUCUUCAUUUUGCAAGAGCCGGGUGCAUUCUAUAGCGCGUUCUCUUUACAAGUCUGACGGUGGUCAGGGUCCAUCCGUUCAAUUUGCGCUUAGUGUGUUAUCUAUGUAUCGUGCUAGUAAGAGCAAUCAUUGGUUAACAGUUUUGCGGAAGUGUUUUUUGUUGGACACGUGUAUGAUGAUCCGUCUAAUGCGUUGGAUAGUUCGUGAGCGUCGUUUGGAUAAAUGGUACAUUGAGACGUCUGUGAACCUUCUUAUUGAGUUUGUGACUGAGAUCGGUGAGCAGGCUGUUCAGCAUUUACCUGAUGUCGUUGUGAUAAUCGUCCGUUGUUUGGACCCUUCUGACAGCAGUGUUCGUUUAUUGAUGUUGAAACCUGCUACGUCUGCGUUAUUUCAUCUGGUAAAGAACUUUCCGAUGGUCGCAUUUUAUCAAGAGACUCAGCGUUUUGCUGUGGGUUCUGCCAGCGGUCAUGUGGUAAUUUAUGACCUUCGCACGGCUACGAAAUGCCGUACCUUCGGUGGUGAGCUGAAGAACGUGGCGUCUGUAGCUUUCAGCGCUACUGGUGAGUAUAUUUCUGCUUACUACAGGGACCCUCCGUGUUUGGUCAUUUGGAACUGUUCUCCGUCUGGUCUUUUGGGCAGUUUGCUUCACAGCAGUAACAAGGACCGUAUGAUAAUAAAGCUCAAGCCUGUGGAAUGUAGCCCUACUACAACGGCAAUGGUAUGUUUUUUAAUGAAUAUUAUUAUUAUUAUUAUCAUUGUUAUAUAUUUGUAA